AUGGAUACACCAAAAAUCAUAUCAAGAAUACAGUAUCAAAUUCCACCAUGGACGAUAGAUCCUCCUUGCAUACUCGAUAAAAUUCUGAAAGCAGGCAAACAAAUUAACCCAAACGUUCUCAAAAGUCUAUAUACUGAAUUAUCGAAUGAAUACCCGUACCAUACGCAAAUUUUCACUGAUGCUUCAAAAUCAGGACAGGGGACUGGAUGUGCGGUAUGCACUCCCGAACAUGAGAUCCUAUUCAGGCUCCCGGAAACAUUCACAAUAUUCACUAGUGAAGCGUUAGCUGUUCUACAAGCCUUGAAGUACAUAGAAGAAACAACACACAAUAAAUCCAUCAUUCUAACUGAUUCUAAAAGCGUCCUACUCGCCCUACAAAAUUUGGAAACAAACAACACUGUAAUCCAAAACAUUAUUGAAUUAAAUGAAACACUUAAGCGAGACAAAAGAGAAGUGUUAUAUUCCUGGAUUCCCUCCCAUAUUGGUAUUGAAGGUAAUGAAAAGGCUGAUACAGCAGCAAAACUGGCUAGCUCCAGUACAGCUAUAACGAAAUGUGAACAGGCAACUCAUCAAGACAUCCAAAAGCAUUGCACCAAGGCGCAAACGGAAGUGUGGAAUGAAGAAUGGAGAAAUAGCAGACCAACUAAGCUACAUAAAGUUCGAAAUAAUAUACAUGACUUCAAUCCGGCGCUACUACUAAAUAGAAAAGACCAAGUGAAAAUAACCCGACUAAGAAUAGGACACUCGAACUGGACACACUCAUACCUUAUCACAAAAACCGAACCAAAUUCCUGCGACACCUGUAACGUACGAAAUAGUAUUGAACACAUCUUGACAAUCUGCCCUAAAUACAAUAUGAAGAGGAUCCAACACAAGUUACAAAACUCACUAACGAUCUUACGAGAAACAGAUUCCUGCAGAAAAGUUUUAAACUUCUUAAAAGACAUCAAUGUAUACCAAUUGCUCUAA